GCCCCACAAGUUAAUGAUUGCUGUCCCAGAAACUAUGUGAAGUGAGAUCCAACAUUCCUCCCGCCCGGUCUGCCCUGUGCUCCGGCUCUUUAAAACCCUCGCUCUCCCCCACUUCUUUAUCACUUCCACCUAUCCAGCUCUUCCCAAUCUCCACCGUGCCCCCAGUUCCAGCUCCACACAAUACACAUACACGCACGGCCGAUCGAUCUAUCGAUAGAGAAACAAGAAGAAGCUAGUAUAAGGAAGAGACGAUCAAUGAUGGAGAGGGCCGAGGACUUAGGGCUCAGCCUCAGCCUCAGCUCGUCGCUCGCCGCUCCUCGCACUCACCAUGUCUCCGCCAUGCUGCUCCGCUCUCCAGAGAAGAGGUUCCUGGAGAUGCCACUGCUACCGGCAAAGCGGAGCGAGGUCACGGCUGAGGAGGGCCUGCUGCGCGGCGGCAGCGACGAGGAGGACGGCAGCUGCGGCAUCGACGGCUCCAGGAAGAAGCUCCGGCUUUCCAAGGACCAGUCGGCCGUGCUCGAGGACAGCUUCCGGGAGCACCCCACUCUGAACCCUCGUCAGAAGGCAGCCUUGGCGCAGCAGCUCGGCCUGCGGCCCCGGCAGGUGGAGGUGUGGUUCCAGAACAGACGCGCGAGGACGAAGCUGAAGCAAACGGAGGUGGACUGCGAGUUCCUGAAGCGCUGCUGCGAGACACUGACGGAGGAGAACCGGCGGCUGCAGAAGGAGGUGCAGGAGCUCCGCGCGCUCAAGCUCGUCUCGCCGCACCUCUAUAUGCACAUGUCCCCGCCCACCACCCUCACCAUGUGCCCCUCCUGCGAGCGCGUCUCCUCCAGCGGCGCCAACUCCACCGGCGCCGCGGCGUCGUCAGACCGACGCGCCGGCGGCGCCAUCAUCAGCACGGCCGCCGCCGCCGCCGAAGGCGCCGCCAUCUGCCACCGCCCGAUCGCCGUCCGGCCGCAGCAGUCAUGACGGCGAGAGCGACCGGUCGAUAGAGAGCUAGCCACCAGUAGCUACUACUACUACUACUAGCAUACUACACUAGCAGCUAGAGCUGUACACCGUACGUGUGUAAGCCAACACAACAGUCUGCGCAUUUAUUCGAUAGUGCAAACUGUUUCUUGAGUUCCUCCUUAAUCUUCUUCUUCA